AUGCCUUGUCUUGAGAGUGGACACUUUGCAAUGGACGACUAUUUUACCCCGGAGGGUCUGACGGCCCAGCUGAAGGCAGGCCAUGAAUUACCCUUGUUAGACUGCCGAAGUCAGUGCGAGUUCGCCCGUCGACAUAUUAUCGGGGCAAUCAAUAUCACUAUGCCCGCCCUGCUACAAAAACGCCUGAAGACAGGUACCCUUAACGUCCUUGGUAUUAUACACAAUAAUGACGCUAAAAAAAGGUUCAAGAGGUAUUGGAAAACCCAUAAAGUUGUUUUGUACGACGAUUGUUCAACGGACUUAAACGAGAAUCCAUCCAGCUUUCUAAAUUUAUUACUAGAGAAAUUGCGUCAAGAGGGUUGUUCAGCAUGCUACUUAUUAGGUGGCUUUUCAACAUUCGAACAAAGGUAUCCUGAACUGAGCGCGUUCCUCGAUUCGGAAACUGACUCUACCAUCAUUGGUUUGCGUAAUUUAUCUUUGUCAGAAGACAUUAGUGACUGUGACUCAGAGAACAGUCCGUCAGAUAUUUCUCCUUUGCCAGUCGAGGGAGCCCAGCGGAAACUAAUUGUUGCUUGCGUCUUAUCUGUGAUAUUGUCAUUCCUUAUCGCUUCCUUGCCCCCCCUCUCUCGCUCACACUCUCUAUUGUGUUCGUUCUUAUCUUCAUCUUUUCCAGCAACUACUUUUCUAUUGAUAUUUUUCUUGCUUUUUGUUCUUUCUUUCAUUAUCUUGUGUAUCUCUCUCAAGUUUUUCUAA